AUGGUUCAAAGGUAUGGGAACAGACACUUGCAUGAGACAAUCCUUCGCUCGACUACUAAACCCUUUUCCGGAGGUAACUAUGAACAAGUCUUCAAUCCUAAUGCCUGGGGAUUCCAUGAGUUCCUUGCCAAGACAUAUGGUAGCAUGACCCGCCUUCACGGCCCUUAUGGUACAAAUACCCUCUACACAUUUGAUCCCAAAGCGAUGCACACUGUGCUGGUCAAAGACCAGAAUGUAUUUGAAGAGGAGGAUGGAUUUAUCAAAGGCAAUCUUCUGAUAUUUGGAGAAGGGCUAUUUAGUACAUUGGGGCACCGACAUCGCAAACAGAGGAAGAUUCUCAACCCUGCCUUCUCCGCUGCUCACAUGCGAGAAAUGAUCCCGGUGUUUUUUGAGGUUGCCCACAAGUUGGAAAGUGCACUGAAGAACCAAUUACAAAAUGGACCUGCUACCCAAGAGGUCGAAAUUCUUUCCUGGAUGGGUCGUACUGCCUUGGAAUUAAUAGGACAAGCAGGUUUAGGCUAUUCAUUCGAUCCCUUGACUGAUGAAGAUUCUGCCCAUCCAUAUAGUCAGAUUAGCAAGGAGCUAUUUCCUACCCUGAUUCGUUUACAGUUCUGGCAAUUCAACAUCCUUCCUUAUGUAUCUUGGAUUGGUACUGCAGGUUUUCGUCGCCGUAUCAUCAAAAUGUUGCCUUGGAAGGACCUACAUCACAUGCAAGACAUGAUUACCUAUAUGUACGGUGUUGCAGAAGAAAUAUACAGGAUCAAGUUACAUGCAUUUGAAGCUGGUGAUGAGGCGGUGGCCUUGCAGAUUGGACGAGGAAAUGAUCUAAUCAGUGUUCUCAUGAAGGAAAACAUGAAAGCCUCUGAAGAAGAUCGCUUGGGGGAUGUUGAAGUUAUUGCUCAGAUGAAUACCUUAAUCUUUGCCGCCAUGGACACGACUUCGAGCGCUAUGGCUCGGAUUCUUCAUCUUCUUUCUCAACACCCCGAGGCACAAGAAAGACUCCGUCAAGAGAUCAUUGAGGCCAAACAUCUGAAAGAUGGACACGAUUUUUCCUACGAGGACUUGUCCAAUUUGCCAUAUCUUGACGCGGUCUGUCGAGAGACACUUCGUUUAUACACCCCCGUCACCACUGUUACUCGAAGCACACGCCGAGAUACAAUGAUUCCUCUUCUCAAACCUAUCAUUGGAUUAGAUGGUACUGAGAUACACGAGGUGGCUGCUCCAAAUGACACUAGAGUCAUCGUGUCCAUUUACAACUCAAACAGGAACCCGGAUUUAUGGGGUGAAGAUGCUAAUGAGUGGAAGCCAGAAAGAUGGCUUUCUCCAUUACCGAAGGCCCUCGUUGAGGCACACAUUCCAGGAGUAUAUUCCCAUUUGAUGACCUUUCUUGGUGGUGGACGCUCCUGCAUUGGCUUCAAAUUCUCACAGUUGGAAAUGAAAGUUGUCAUAUCCAUCUUGGUGGAAAAAUUCCGCUUCUCCCGUUUGUCCAAAGAUUCCGAAAUCCUCUGGCAGAUGAACACCAUAACAGCCCCCAUUAUUGGAAAAGCCAAUCAUCCACAACUUCCCAUGAACAUCAGUCUGGUGAACUGAUGGUAUAGGAAACAGUACAUGUACUACUAUGCUUUUGUUAACUUUUUUCCAUCUUGUAGAGAGCCUGAUAUUGUCCUUUCAAUUUUCAAAUGCUUUUUUGA